AUGAUUGAAGACAACAAGGAGAACAAAGACCAUUCUUUAGAAAAGGGAAGAGCAACUCUCAUUUUUUCCUUAAAAAAUGAAGUUGGAGGACUUAUAAAAGCACUGAAAAUCUUCCAGGAGAAGCAUGUUAACCUGCUACAUAUCGAGUCCCGAAAAUCAAAGAGAAGAAACUCGGAAUUUGAAAUUUUUGUUGACUGUGAUAUCAACAGAGAACAAUUGAAUGAUAUUUUUCAUUUCUUGAAGUCUCAUACUAAUGUUCUCUCUGUGAAUACACCAGAUAAUUUUAGUGUGAAGGAAGAUGGUAUGGAAACCGUUCCUUGGUUUCCAAGGAGGAUUUCUGACCUGGACCAUUGUGCCAACAGAGUUCUGAUGUUUGGAUCUGAACUAGAGGCAGACCAUCCUGGCUUCAAAGACAACAUCUACCGUAAAAGGCGAAAGUAUUUUGCUGACUUGGCUAUGAACUAUAAACAUGGGGAUCCCAUUCCUAAGGUUGAAUUCACUGAAGAGGAGAUUAAGACCUGGGGAACUGUGUUCAGAGAGCUCAACAAACUCUACCCAACCCAUGCUUGCAGAGAGUAUCUCAAAAACUUACCUUUGCUUUCUAAAUAUUGUGGAUAUCGGGAAGAUAAUAUCCCACAGUUGGAAGAUGUCUCAAACUUUUUAAAAGAGCGUACAGGUUUUUCCAUCCGUCCUGUGGCUGGUUACCUAUCACCAAGAGAUUUCUUAUCAGGUUUAGCCUUUCGAGUCUUCCACUGCACUCAGUAUGUGAGACACAGUUCAGAUCCCCUCUACACCCCAGAGCCAGAUACCUGCCACGAACUCUUAGGUCAUGUUCCCCUUUUGGCUGAACCUAGUUUUGCUCAGUUCUCCCAGGAAAUUGGCCUGGCUUCCCUUGGAGCUUCAGAAGAGGCAGUUCAAAAACUGGCAACGUGCUACUUUUUCACUGUGGAGUUUGGUCUUUGUAAACAAGAUGGGCAGCUAAGAGUCUUUGGAGCGGGCUUACUUUCUUCCAUCAGUGAACUCAAACAUGCGCUUUCUGGACAUGCCAAAGUAAAGCCCUUUGAUCCCAAGAUAACCUGCAAACAAGAGUGUCUCAUCACAACUUUUCAGGAUGUCUACUUUGUAUCAGAAAGCUUUGAAGAUGCAAAGGAGAAGAUGAGAGAAUUCACCAAAACAAUUAAGCGCUCAUUUGGAGUGAAGUACAAUCCAUACACGCGGAGUAUUCAGAUCUUGAAAGACACCAAGAGCAUCACCAGUGCCAUGAACGAGCUGCGGCAUGAUCUCGAUGUUGUCAAUGAUGCCCUUGCUAAGAUCUGUAGGCAGCCUAGUAUCUGAUGGUCACCGGUCCUAGUGCAGAAGGCAGUUGAGCAUCAUUUGGAGAUCUGUGGGCCAACUCUUGUUUUUUUUGAAGAGCUGAUGGUGGAGUGGACAAGAGGGAAGGCAUCAUCUGGCCAAAUAAUAUUGUCUACUCCCACUCCUUAAUGGAUCACUAGUCUUUGAAAAUCUGUAUAUUCUAUCCACGAUCUUUUUGUUGUUGUUGUUGUUAACAGCUUUACUGAGAUAUAAUUCACAUUUGAUACAAUUCACCCACCACAUAUUUUUAAUAGAGAAAUUGUUUAAAUUAAUGGAUGUAUCUAGUCCCAGCCUGACUCUAUUUGCCCUAAUCCUUCUUGAGUAAAAAGACCUUUAUGAUCACUUAGGAUACCUUGAUGAGUAUUAUAGAGCUGACCUAUAUUAGUACUGGAGAUCCCCUCAUUUCUAAAGUACUUGAUACUUAAUCACCAUUGCAAACAUUCAUAUGCCUAGAUUUAAUAGGAGACCAGCUGUCUCUGCUGAUAGCAUGAGCAAAAGUAUGAGACCUCUGUACAUGAAGUCUAUCUAGUGAAAAGCAAAUAGUCCAGUUUCAAGUAUAGGGUCUUGUAGGGAAACAGGAGUAGCUAAGGCUGGAAAGGUUGUUUGGGACAUACUCUUUAAUACCAGGCUAAGAAUUUGGGACUCUGUUUUGUAGGCAGUAGGGACCCCUUUCCCAAGGGACCUUCCUCCUUGAAGCCCUCUUUGCUUUAUGACAUUAUAUGAUGCUGGUUUUGUUCCACAUUAUCUGUCCUAUUCAUAGAGCUCAGGGGAUCUUGGUGGCAGUACCACUUGCAAGGCCCUUUACUCAGGUAUGUGGUCCCAAGGACCAUGGCGGGAUUGGCUUCAGGUUAGCAGGAGGCAGUGUUGUCAAAUGGAGAGUUCAAACUGAGACAGAUGAAAGAAGCCCGAAGUUAAAAGCAGUGCCAAGAAAUUCAUUUCCAAGGUAUAAGGUGAGGCCAUAAAUGGGAAGAGAAGUCAUAAGAAUAGAGGGAGGGGAAAGGAGAAGAAAUGAGUUGAAAGAAAUUCAUGUGGUGCCAGAUGUGUCAUCUGGUGUCUUGACAUCAGAAAGGGGUCAAGCUGGAAUCUGUAAUACAUGUUUGUGUCUCUUUAAUUUACUCCUUUCCUCCCCUUGCCCCCAAAUGAGGGCUUUCUUCAAGUUUCUGUCAUUGGCCCUCUUCUCCCUCUGCCAUCUUUCCAUGGGUAAUGACUUCCAUAUCUAUUAAUUCACUUUUUGUUUGUCUGUGGAUGACUCUAUUUGCAAUUCUAGCCCCACAUCUUUCUUGAAUUUUUACCUCUGAAUUCCAGCUGUCUGCUGGAUAUUUCUAUUGAGAUGUUCCAUAAAUUAGGUCAAUAUUGUACAACUUUCCAUGGCACCAGUCACAUAGAAUAAAAUGGGGUUGUACAAUGUGGCAGCCAUGCCAAGUACCUGAAAAGGAACUCAGAAUCACCUAAAUAUUGUACUCCAUCAGCUUCCUCUCCCAGUGAUCUCAUUUCUGCUAAUGAUAUACUGUCAUAUUGCCUGUCACUUUUACAGGCUUAUUUAGCUACUUAAAAAACU